GUUUGGUUGUUUUGUACCAAUUAGAGAUAUUUCUUGAAGUUGCAGGGUCAGAGAAAAUGGUGGACGCUGUUGUAACAGUGUGUUUAGAUAAAGUCUUGAACAUCCUCGAAGAAAAAGGCCGAAUCGUAUCGGACUACCGAACACAGUUGGAAGAUUUGCAAAGGGAGUUGCUAUAUAUGCAGUCUUAUCUCAAGGAUGCAGAGAGGCAGAAGAGAACUAAAGAAGUGUUGCGUAAUUUUGUGACGGAGUUACGAGAAUUGGUUUACGAAGCUGAGGACAUACUUGUGGAUUGUCAGCUCGCGGAUGGUGAUGAUGGAAACGAGCAAAGGUCAUCAAACGCGUGGCUUUCGCGGUUUAAUCCUCCCCGGGUUUCGUUGCAGUACAAGAAAAGCAAACGUUUGAAAGAGAUCAAUGAAACGAUAAAGAAGUUAAAGAGUACAGUUGAUUCUUAUUUCAAACUCCUCACGCCGAGUAAUGUCGGAAGAGAUAAUGGAACUGAUCGGUGGAGCUCUACGGUGUAUGAUCAUACUCAGGUGGUUGGUUUGGAAGGAGAUAAAAGAAAAAUCAAGGAGUGGCUCUUUCGAUCAAACGAGAGCGAGCUAUUGAUAAUGGCCUUUGUAGGGAUGGGAGGGUUAGGUAAAACUACGAUUGCUCAAGAAGUGUUCAAUGACAAAGAGAUUGAUCAUCGUUUUGAAAGAAGGAUAUGGGUGUCUGUGUCUCAGACUUUUACCGAAGAGCAGAUCAUGAGAAGCAUUUUGCGAAACUUGGGUGAUGCGAGCGUUGGAGAUGAUCUUGGAACAUUGCUGAGAAAAAUCCACCAAUAUCUUUUGGGGAAAAGGUACUUGAUUGUGAUGGACGAUGUGUGGGACACGAAUUUGAGUUGGUGGGACAAGAUCUACCAAGGACUGCCUAGAGGACAAGGUGGUAGUGUUAUCGUGACCACAAGGUCGGAAUCUGUCGCGGUAAGGGUUCAGGCGAGAGACAAGACUCAGGUUCAGGCGGGAGACAAGACUCACCGACCACAGCUCCUCAGUACUGAUAACAGUUGGCUGCUGUUUUGUAAAGUGGCAUUUGCAGCAAAUGACGGUACUUGUGAGCGUCCCGAGCUAGAGGAUGUCGGCAAGGAGAUUGUAACGAAAUGCAAAGGUUUGCCUUUGACAAUCAAAGCAGUUGGUGGAUUACUUUUGUGCAAAGACCAUGUCUAUCAUGAAUGGAGACGAAUAGCAGAUCAUUUUCGGGAUGAGCUAAGAGGAAACACUUCUGAAACUGACAAUGUGAUGUCUUCUUUGCAAUUGAGCUACGACGAACUCCCUUCCCACCUUAAGUUAUGCUUUCUCACGCUUUCGCUCUAUCCAGAAGACUGUGUUAUACCAAAACAGCAACUCGUACAUGGAUGGAUCGGAGAAGGUUUUGUCAUGUGGAAAGACGGAAGAUCUGCAACUGCAUCUGGAGAAGACUGCUUUUCCGGGCUCACAAACAGGUGUCUAAUAGAAGUUGUUGACAAAACCUAUAGUGGAACCAUCAUCACUUGCAAGAUUCAUGACAUGGUUCGUGAUUUGGUGAUCGAUAUAGCCAAGAAGGAUUCGUUCUCUAACCUGGAAGGCCUCAAUUGUCGUCACCUUGGGAUUACUGGAAACUUUGAUGAGAAGCAGAUCAAAGUUAACCAUAAGCUGAGAGGCGUUGUGUCAACAACUAAGACAGGUGAGGUGAACAAGCUCAACUCAGACUUAGCUAAGAAAUUCACAGAGUGUAAAUAUCUUCGGGUUCUCGAUAUCUCGAAAUCAAUAUUUGAUGCUCCUCUGUCUGAGAUUUUGGAUGAGAUUGCAAGCCUUCAACACUUAGCAUGUCUUAGUAUGAGCAACACACAUCCGUUGAUCCAGUUUCCUCGUUCCAUGGAAGAUCUCCACAAUCUUCAGAUUCUAGACGCAAGCUACUGUCAGAAUCUGAAACAACUUCAACCUUGCAUUGUCUUGUUCAAGAAACUCCUUGUACUCGACAUGACGAAUUGUGGAUCACUUGAGUGCUUCCCCAAGGGUAUUGGAAGUCUCGUGAACCUCGAAGUACUGUUGGGAUUUAAGCCAGCCAGGUCCAACAAUGGGUGCAAGCUCAGUGAAGUGAAAAAUCUCACAAACCUCCGGAAACUUGGUCUUUCUCUGACUCGUGGCGAUCAGAUCGAAGAGGAGGAGCUUGAUUCUUUGAUAAACCUAAGCAAGCUUAUGUCCAUUACGAUCAGCUGCUAUGAUAGCUACGGCGAUGAUCUCAUAACCAAAAUUGAUGCGCUCACUCCUCCACACCAGCUCCAUGAGCUUUCUCUACAAUUCUAUCCUGGAAAGUCGAGUCCAUCGUGGUUGAGUCCUCACAAGCUUCCGAUGUUGAGGUACAUGUCAAUAUGCUCAGGUAAUUUGGUGAAAAUGCAUGAACGAUUCUGGGGAAUUGAGAAUACUCACUGGAGAAUCGAAGGUUUAUUGUUAAGUUCGUUGUCGGACCUAGACAUGGACUGGGAAGCGCUGCAACAGUCAAUGCCGUACCUGAGGACCGUGACCGCAAACUGGUGUCCAGAGCUAGAGUCUUUCCCGAUCGAAGAUGUCGGCUUUAGAGGCGGAGUGUGGACGAAAACACCACUGCACAGAACCUGAUGGCACGUUUUAAGCAACUAGAUCAAUGUUUAUUAAACAGUGACAAUAAGU